GCCUGGCUGGCAGCGGCGCGCGGCCGUGUGUGUGUGUGUGUGCGCGCGCCCCCGAGCAGGUUUGGAUCUCUCCGCUGAUCCAGCGUUGCAAACAUGUCCAAACUGGAGCAGAUCCUCAUCCUCGACCCUCCGGCCGACCUCAAAUUCAGAGGUCCAUUCACAGACGUCGUCACAGCCAACCUGAAGCUGACGAACCCGUCAGACAAGAAAGUAUGUUUCAAAGUGAAGACCACAGCACCACGCAGGUACUGCGUACGGCCCAACAGUGGCGCUAUCGACCCAGGCGCCUCCAUCAUUAUCUCAGUAAUGCUACAGCCAUUUGACUACGAUCCCAAUGAGAAAAGUAAACACAAAUUUAUGGUGCAGACCAUCUUUGCACCAGCCGCUGUCGCAGACACAGAGAGCAUGUGGAAAGACGCGAAACCCGAUGAGCUCAUGGAUUCCAAACUCAGAUGCGUGUUUGAGCUGCCUUCUGAAAACGAUAAAAUGUCUCGCCCCAGUUCCCCCUUACUCCCAGCAGUUUUAGCAACAGAAAUGACCUACAGGGCUUCAAGUCUGCACAUAGAUCAGAGCUACAGGUCAGGAGAGCCCAGGUGGGUGAGGAUCAGACAGGGCAGGAAGCGAGUGAGAUCAGAGCAGGGACUUCUCUACAAAGUGUUUCGCAGGACAGUCUUUCUUGAGAAUGACGUAGAUGCAGUCAGCAAGGCCGCGCCCAUGCUCAACUCCUCCAAAGUGGACGGGCCAGUGGCAGCCAAGCCGACCAGCGCUGCCCUCGACGACACGGAGAUGAAGAAGGUUUUUGAAGAGUGCAAGUGGCUGCAGACGGAAGUGGGAAAGCUGCAGGAGGAGAACAGGCAGCUGAAGGACGACGGUUUGAGAUUGAGGAAGGCCCAGCGGCCCGAUCACAUAGCCUCCAACUCCAGCUCCCUGAUGGGCCGAGACGUGAGCACCAGCUCCCUGCCCUCGCUUCUGGUCGUCAUAGCCGCCAUCUUCAUCGGAUUCUUCCUCGGCAAGUUCAUCCUGUAGGUGGAUCGGGUUUUGGGGGGGAAGUCUUAACAUGUCUGCCUGCCUGUCAACCGGUUCCGGAGAGAAAAAGAGAGAGUGAGGAAGAGAGCGGGAGGAAGAAAGAAAGAGAAAUCACAUGGAUCGCCUGGAUGAAAGGAGGAUGUCUUUCUGUUGACUUUGCCAUAUCAUUGGUAGUUGGGCCAGCGGCAGCACGCACAUCUAUCUUCGUGGCAUCAUAGCGUGGGCCUCACCUUCUUCAGCCACACACACACACAGACACAUACGGUUAGUCCAACGAGAGAGAGAGAGAGAGAGAGAGAGAUAGGGAGAAAUAAGGGAAGGAGGGAGAGAGAGAAGUAUGGGAAAGCUUAAUGUAAUGCAGGUUCUUUUCUCUCUCUGUCUUUCUGAUUUUGCUUUGCUUUUUAUUGGUUUCGGUCUUUCUUUUGUGCGACGAUCAGAAGGAGAAAUACAUACUGAAUACUCAGCAGUGCUACAGUAUAGAGGGCGAUGCACUACAGACUAUCACACCCAGAAGACCAGAGCAUCCGAGACAUCCUGACCAUAAACGUGCGUAACGUAAAUGUUUCUGAUCCAUUUUUGAUCAAUCGCCCCUCCGCACUCCUCACACACUCUCUCUUUCUCGUUUUAUUAAGAGUUCAAUGGAAUGUUAGGUGUCUUGUAAAUGUAAUUUUAAGUCCUUUUCACGGAAAGGAAAAAUGAAACUUCCAUCAAAACAGAGAAAUAAACCUCGUGACCCUUUUUUUGCUGGGUGGCCUCGGAAAAAAAUAAAGAAAAAAAAAAAAGAA